CAAGAACCGUUUCUUUGAUUAUGCACGUGAGAGGAAGUACAGUCGCUUUUUUGCAGCGAGUUCAUCUGCAGUGCAACGUGAGUUUUCAGUGCACCCGUUUGUGUGUGAUGAGAUUCGUCCACUAGGGACAGCGCGGGCGGCGGCGUGGAAGCGCUUUGCUGCUGUUCACUACUUCGCGAGGACGGUGUCUCCAAGUUCGCACGCGUCGGGGGCCAACUCUGCGACAUCGGUUCCCUGCUUCACAAAUCAAAGACCUUUAGUGAAAGAAUCCUCCAGGAGACAUCAUCUCGGGGCCACCCAGAAAAUCUCUUUUUAAAGACCGGAGAGUCUCGGAAGACACGCUCCUCCUUUUGCCACCUGGGGCUCUCUACUAGAAACGCUGUCUUGUGCCGGAUUUUACCCUCGCCUCACUCUUUCUGAUCUACCGAUUUCUCGGAUAAAUAAAUAAGUGAUAUGUGUCGGAUACUAAGCACAGAACAUGGUGGAGACGAAUUGUUUGAAGCUGGUGUAUCUUUUCGGAAGAGUUUUGUCAUGAGCACGGAAGGAGACGACAGCAACUUCUGAGUCAUUGCUUUUCCUCGUGUGGAUAAACACGCAGGAGUCUCUGCGCAGCAAAUCCGUCCUCCAGGAUAUCUCCGGUUCGACUGCCAGAUCAAUACGGAAGUUGGACUGGGAAGGCUCAUGACUGAAAGGUCUCGUUCCACAGCGGAAGAUGUUUGGGUACCAUUUUAGGAGGAGGAAACGUGGUCAGGCACAACAUCGCGUUUACCGGAAAUAGCAAUAUAAAAGGCGCGACGAGUUCCAUCAUCGGAGCUUCUCUCAAGGAUUGGUGCCCGUUUUUACAGCGGUUUUGCGAGCACAUGCGGAGUGAAGAUGGGGUCUCCUAACUCAUCUCUGCCCGCACAUGACCGGGAAUUCGGCAACACCGAAGAUUCUCUGAUGGCACGUACCGACUAUGGAAAGGAGCAUUCAGAAACAGCUCUAGGGGGGCCUCAGAGAAUGGACGACAGAGCCAAAUCGAGCGUGUUUUCUGUGCGCUGCCCUGGUGCCCUAGCCCGAGGAGGCGAAAAGGCCUACACAGGGCUGAUAGGGGAAGUCACUGACCCAAGACUGGAGACCAGUGAAUUGGGCUCUCGCUUCAUGGUGGAUACCGUGUUCCCUUUGUGUUCGUCUCGAAUAAAGCAUUGGUGUCUUCGGCGGGACACGCUCGUCUCCGACUGUGAAAAUUCGCGAACGCCGUGCGUUCGUUACGGUGCUUUUGCGGGUGCGUCCCCACUAUUUGAUCGGGCAGAAAGCGUUUCCGCGCCCGGCGAAACUCGCAUGGUUUCUGAUAGACUUUCGCUUUGGGGUGAAUUUCCACUUUCAGGAAUUGCCUCAGAGACAGCAUACAGUGGGCUUGGAAGCAAUAUGGUCACUCCUAGGCGACACACGAUAGGUUGUGUUGCGCUGUUUCGGGCUGCCAAAAAGACGUCUGAAUCGGUUUCAGCAGUGAAACCGGAGCCCCGUCCUAGCACCACACGAUCCACAAAUGCCACUUCGAGGCAUACAUCGUUAUGUGGGCCUUCCGUUGGAAAAAGUGCCUGUCAUUCCUGGACUCCUGGUAUUAGGCCGCUACGGGUGGUUUCAGAGAAAUGCGAGCAACGUUGCAAGGGCGAGGAGACGGGUUGUGGCCAACAAGAGUCGCGCGGCCGAACGACUGUCUCCGAGGAAGUGGUGUUGCGUAGAAGUGGUGCUGUGAGUAGACAGGGUGUUGAUGAUGCUCAGAAGAAACAAAGGAAGACAGUUUUGCGUCUCUUCUGUUGGGUCCGUCCAUUUCUUCGUCUUGCGUCGUUCAUCUUUGUCGUUUCACUCUUGGCUUUCUGGUCCAAAGAUGGUGCAUACGCCCUAACAUGUGACUCUCGUGGGAGCGGUUUGCCGCACGUUUUCUUUUCUACAUCAAGCGUUUCGUUGUAUCCAUGUUUGCCGCACGAAAAACGCUGUUGCCAACGUGCACUUCCCGAGAGUUUCUCACCUGAUUUCGAUCCGUCUUCUUUACGGACGGAUCUACCGUCGCUGACUCAUCCAUUGCCGUUCAGCGUCAGUCCUAGAUAUCUCUCCGGCAGGCAAGCGCCAGAUCACUCGUCGUCUCUCCUCUCUCGGAGACUUUUCGGAGCUGCGCUGUCAGCGACUGCUUCCCCAACAGCUGUCCCCUCGUUCUCGUGUUUCCUCACUCCCCUCAACACUGAAAGAUCUCCCUGUUUUACCCUGGCACCGAAAGUGUCUCCUCUCAGAGAAACGCCGACACACCGCUUCACCGUUGACGUCGCUGCUUCCUCUCUGUCGGCUGAGAGAGGAGGUGCUCAAGGAAUACAGGGGGGAUUUUGGAAUGGGAUGUCAAGCAGUGGUAAAUCGUCGACCGCGUCGUCUUCAGGCCUACAGGGGUCGUCGCUGAGGCGCCACUCCAACGACAGCGACGAGGCACCGUCUCGCACACAAGAGGAAUGGGUGGAAGAGCUAACCGCGGCACUUCAGUCUGGCGCUUUGAAGAUCCCCGCCCUAACUGUAGAAGUAACAAAGGCAGCAGGUGGGAGACAAAUAACGCCUCGAGGACUUGACGAUCUCAUUAAAGCAGCUGCUGCGGUCCGUGCCGGCCUUCCUCUGCCGUCCCACUUGUUUCAGCCUGAAGAGGAAGAAAGUGGCAAAGAGGAUGUGGUGGACCAGAGCUUGCAGAAGACGAAAGGCAGUAGCAAGGCUGAAGAGAACAAAUCCUCAAACGAAGGAAAGCGAAGUGUUGCGGCGUACGCAGAUGAGGCGCGGCGGCUGCAAGCGAAUCUCGAUGGCGUGAACGAAGAGAAAAAGGAGUUCUUUCUAAACGCAUAUCGGAGAGAACUGCGUCAUAGGGGAGUGGACGAUCACGACUGCCAGACACCCCAAGACCUGUGCAAUCGCCUCGCGUUCGCGCGUGUCUUCAACAGUUCUAAGGGCUCCAGAGGCGCCUCAAAGGCCGCAAGGGAGGCAGGAACGGUGAAAGUUGUGAGGGCGGAGGUAACAGACGGGGGACGAGGUAGACGAUCACGCCGCUCACGGGGUCGCCUCGUAGCUCGCCUUUCCAGCGCUGACGACGACGAUGCAGACGGUGACGCAGACGACGGUAGUUCUUCCGGAAUUGUUCAGAUUUCUCCAGGCGUGUUUAUGGCGCGAGGUGGUUCGUUAGGUGGGGGAACGGGCAGUCCGUUUGACCGUUUGUUCGCCGACGUCUUUGGAGGUUCUUUCUUCGGAGGACGGCCAGAGGGAGAGGAUGAUGAGUCCAGUGAAGAGGACGGAGAAGAUGGGGUUUCACCGAGACGAGGGGUGCGAGGUGGCAGUCUCUUGGAUCACCUCUUCGGUGGAGACUUAUUCUCUAGCUUACUGGGAGGUGGCCUGAUGAGUGGAGGCCUUCGUGAAGCUGAAGAUGAUGAAGGCAGUGCGAAAGCGAGAGUGAAGAAAUUGGAUUUCAAGACUGCAGAAAGUGCGGAAGCAAGCCGCCAACCGGGUUCCGUUGAUAAAACACAGGACGACGAUGUGUCUGCUGAAGAGACAGACACCAGGCUGCUACAGCUGCUGAAUAAGGCGCAAGCUAGGAGUGACCCCUCGCUUGCCAUGUUCCUUAAGAAGUCCUUCCGGGAUCCGUCACUCCGAGAGAUGCUGCUGACCGCCCAAACGGAAGGUGUGGAGGCGGCAGAGGCCAUGGCAGAUGGUCGAGGAAAAUAUGUUCUUCAGAGACUGAAAGAUAAUCAGUUGUUUGGUUGAUCCGGGAGUGGUGGCUUCGGGGGUCCGGAUUUAAGAACGAUUAUCGUGAAUCACACACGUCACUUAAGCAUGGGUAUUACAAGAAAAUGUUAGUUUGUAGCAAUACUCAAGGGUGCAGGGUCCUAAGCGUCAGCUUCAGCAUUUCAGGAAGCACCUGAAAUGGUGUCAAACAGCUGACCUACCUCGGGUGACAGCCGACUGGUAAACUUUAUUUCGUAACGGACGGGACGAGGUGUACUAAGGGGUGUCUCUUCGUCUGCGUGAGAAGAGAACUGUUCCUCUACUGCCACAGGGAACAAGCAUACUUUACGACACAAACUCAUCAGGUUAUGUGAAGCAGCGAAAAUUGUGGCAUUUCUGGUAGAACCGAGUUGGCUGUGUUGUUGCUUCGUUUUUGCACGCCUGUAAUUUUGGGGGGGUUGACCGACACUGUUUUGGUAGCUGUUUUAUGCAAAGACUUCAGCGUGUGACCUUCGCUCUCUUCUGUGAGCCUUUCAAAUAUCGUACGCUCUCCGUCGAAGCUUAGGCGAUGCUCCCAUCAACUUGCUGUUCUGUCGGCAUACAGAAAAGUAAGAACGUGACACCAAGGCAGCACAGCAGCAAGCUGGCUGCACUAGAGUUCAGGCACCAAGCCCAAUUGCACAAAUUACUCUUUACGCAUCAGGUGUCCCCUGCGAUAACCCUGGGACCGUCAAGUACACUAGAUGUAGAACCAUGCCUUGGUUUAGGUGUGCCACUGCUCGUG